AUGAAAGCAGUGUCCCUUACUGAUGUCACAGCCCAGAUAACGCCCACAUCAGUGACGUCACCGGUUUCGACUGCAGUAAAGAUUUCCCAAGCACCGCCAAUGGCCACGUUGUCCGAGCCAGAAAUAGCAUUCCCAGCUGUCCUCAAGGGUUCUCAAAAACAGAGGGUUCCACCCCCAGUACCUCCAAGAGGAUCCCCAAAGACAAAGCGAGGGGGCGGUAACUCUCAGACGUCGAGCCUCGAAACUAAAGGUGAUUAUCACACUUUGCACAUAUCGGUUAACGAUAUACCACCGCAAACUCCUAUCACAAGUAGUGACGAUGAUUUUGGUUUUUAUGGGCAUGAUAUGAAAUUUAGAGAUACUAUUGCAUGCCGCGUCCCACCUUCUAUAUCUGAUCACUCUAUUAAAGUUACCAAAUUAGUAGCCUCUAACUCUUUCCUGGAUUAUGCAGAAGAAGCUGACAGUAUAACUGAAAGAUUCAACCCUGGAAAGGAUUUGAUUGCUCAAUCGACUAUGAUGUCUAAGUUUAACAUUGAUAAAACGGUACGAGAACACUUAGAUACGGGAGAUUAUGAUGACGCGUCGUUUACAGAUUCUAGCAGUGAUGAAAUAAUUGUAGUCCAUGAACUAGGUGAAGGUAAUAAAGUUGUAGUUGAUACACUAUCAAAACAUAAGAAGUUACACGAAUCAUCAAUGAAUAAGUCGUACGAAUCACCAACAGAAAGCAUUACUCCUCCUCCAAUGGAAAGUAUAACUUCUGUUCCAAAACCUAAAUCCUCUGGAUUUAUUUCUAGACUAAAUACUUUGAAAAAGAUACCCACAAUACAGAAAGAUUUACAGUUCGCCGAUUCUGAAAAAAUACCUGAAAAAAGUAACUCCAAAGGCGGGAUAAUGUCGGGGAUAACGAAGAAAUUUAAACAAUCUAUUAAAGAAAAUCGAGGCCUUUCAAGAAUGAAGUCUAAACCGACAAUUGUAAUAAAACCAUACACUGAAGAACAUUAUAAAGCAAACAAAGAUGAAAUUGUAUGCCAUAAAAAGGCUAAAACGAAAAUUGACUUGUUUCAAAAACAAAUACUUAAAGUACAGUCAGAAUCAGAAACAUGUUCUGUGGCGUCAUCACGAGAGAGUAUCCUAUCUACUGUUCAUAAACGAGACGUGGUCAAACAAACCAAGCAAGUGUUCGAAGCUCAUCAAGUUAAUCAACCACCUAAAAAAGAAGGCCCAGUAAAGAGACCAAAUUACGGCAAAAAGUAUAGAGCACCUGAUCCUGUAGGAUUCAAACCAAGUACUGGCAAUGUUCAUGAAAAAAUCAGAAAAUUUUCAGUCACUAUCGUACCAGAGCCAAAUCCACCAAACAUAAUAACGCCUAGAAAAAAGAAUGAAAUAAAACAAAUAGAACAAUUUAGAACUAACGAAACAAAGCCAACUGAAAUAUUUAGGAGUUACGAUAACAAAAUAAUGUUUAAGAUGAGAAAAGAAUUUGAAGAAGUAUUG